AUGUCAUCUACCUCAGAAGACUUAAAGGGAACUACCUCCCCUUGGAAACGACUAUUCGGGGCGAGAGGUAGCGACAGUAGCAAACAAGAGAAGCGAGUGUCUGGUCACUCGAAAUGGAGUUUUGGUGUGCUCAAUGAUAAGCAGACCGUCGAGGUUCCAGGCUCUGUUUUACUCCUGGCCGCUAACCGCAAUGAGCCUCUUGGUCUGCGUGAUGUGCAUGCCAGGACCUCUCAUUCAUCUAUUCCAACGGGAUUUUUUGUUGACAUGCCAUUGACCCCAGGAGGGUCACGUCUUGUCAUACAGACUCCAGCUGCUACGAAACAUGUUGAUCCAAAUGAAGGCAAGAAGAAAACACAGGAUGGUGCCAUUAUUCUCGAUCCUCAACCCGAGGACUCCGUCAACGACCCGUUGAACUGGCCUAGCUGGCGACGAGAUACUGCCUUGUUGUCACUGGGCUUUUACUGCAUGAUUGGCGGUGGCAUUACCUCCAUCAUGGCUGCUGGUUUUACCAACAUUGCCCAUGAUAUGGAUGUCGAAGUCGAAACCGUGUCUCUCACGGUCGGUCUAUACAUGAUGGGCCUUGGUGUAGGCUCGGUUUUGGCUUCUCCAACCGCCAUCCUUUUUGGCAAGCGACCUGUAUAUCUCGCUAGUGUCAUUCUCUUUAUUGCAACAUGCGUUUGGGGAGGCUACUCUCCCGGCUUCCCUUCUCUGCUCGCAGCCAGAGUAUUUCAAGGAAUAGCCAUCAGCCCCGUGGAGUGCCUUCCUUCGGCUACAAUUGCAGAGAUUUUCUUUCUCCAUGAGCGAGCCUAUCGUAUCGGCAUCUACACAUUGUUACUAUUAGGCGGAAAGAACUUGAUUCCUCUUGUGAGCGCUGCCAUCAUUGGACGUAUCGUCGCAAUGGUAGCUGGUCUGGGCUUCGUUCUGCUCUUCCUUUUCGUACCCGAAACCUUCUGGGAUCGCACACCCACGCGGAAACCCUCAAAACGCCCCAGCUUUCUUCGCCGUCUUUCUUCGCGUAGGAACGUAUAUAGCCCUCACCAAUCGACCCAAUCUGCGAGAGACUCAAAGACUCUCGAAAGGCCUCAGUCACCCGGUGCAGAGACUCGUCAGAGGGGACUCCAUGUCGGCUUCGCAUCUGAACCGCCCACAGCUGGUGAAUCUCAACACCACGGUGAAGGCAAUACAAGUCAUCUGCACCCUGAUUCCGCCGACCACCAUGUUGAAAACACUACAUCCAGGGAGACUGAACAGCAACAUAUCAUGUACCUUCCAGAUUUGCCAGGCAACGUGCAAGGUCAGAUGCCUUCCAUCACGGUGUCAGCAUCCCGUGAGAAGUCAGAAGAUAUCGAAGCAGAGGCCAACCAGGUGGAUACAAAUGUACCACUUGUACACGUGUCUGACGAGCACCAUGUAAUGGAUGGAGCAAGCUCCGUGCAUAGCCCAAUUCGAUCACCAAGGGCCAUCCUUCGCCAGUCUCACAGCGGACCAGGCGGGCACUCACCGUACCUCCAGAGUGCGAACGGAAGUGGUUCCAAUGUAGAUUAUUUCUCACAAGGCCCGAAUCUUGAUAAUGAAAGAAUUCCUGCGUCGGCACUCAGGGCGCCACCUAGGAUAAAGGCGUAUACGCAUAACUUGCGACAACAGCCUGCCCAAACGUUUACACAGCAGCUGAAACCCUACCACGGCCGGCUCAACAACGACAGGUGGUUGAAAGUUAUGAUCCGUCCAUUCAUCUUGUUUUCUUAUCCGGCCGUUUUGUGGUCUGCUGCGGUAUACGCCUGCUCAAUUGGUUGGUUAAUCGUUAUUUCAGAGACAAUGGCCGUUAUCUACCGAGACCCUGCGAGUUACAACUUUGGUGCGCUCCAAACCGGUCUUGUGUAUGUAUCUCCAUUUGUUGGCGGUGUCCUUGGCACAGGCGUCGCAGGGAAAAUUAGUGAUUUGAUUGUCCGAGCCAUGUCUCGUCGUAAUGGCGGUAUGUACGAACCUGAGUUCCGACUGGUGAUGGCCAUUCCCAUUAUGCUCACAACCUGCAUUGGUCUCAUGGGCUUCGGCUGGUCUGCUCAAGAGAAAGACCAUUGGAUGAUCCCAACUGCUUUCUUCGGCAUACUUUCGUUUGGUUGCUCUCUAGGAUCUACGACGGCCAUCACGUUUUGCGUCGAUAGCUAUCGUCAGUACGCAGGAGAGGCGCUGGUAACGCUCAAUUUUUCCAAGAAUGUCUUGCACGGUCUUGUUUUCAGUCUGUUUGUGAGCCACUGGAUGGCCAAGGAAGGGCCGAAGCAAGUCUACAUGUGGUUGGGAAUCGUCCAACUCCUCAUUCAGCUCACCACGAUCCCCUUAUUCAUAUUUGGCAAGAGGGCUCGUAUGUGGACAGUGAGAAUGAACCUCAUGGAGAAGUUCUGA